AACACCUUGUCGGAAGCAUCACAGAUGACCGAAACUUUACAAGACGAUAGUAUUUGCACACAAUCGGCUCAAUCUACCGCAUCGGAUGGUAGCUUUAUGUAUGCAACAAAAAGGAGAAAUCUUGAAAAAAGGCAUUCUAUGCAAGGAAUAGAUUAUUUAUACUCUAGUGAAGUAUACAAGCCCGAGGAGUUAUUAUCAUCCGAACGUAAAGAACAAGAAAGGUUUAGACACAUGGGACCGAUGCUAAUUCAAUCGCGUAAGCAAAACGAAUAUUACAGUCGUGAUAGUGUUCGUAGAUCGCAGUUUUCUAAAGAUUCAGACUUUUAUUAAUGGAAGCGUGAUGCCGUUUAGAUAAAGGUUGUACCUUGUCCUUGAAUGAUUGUAAGAGAGGAGGGUAAGACAGGAAGGCAGAGGAGAAGGGUAGAAGAGACAUUUCGAAUUGAAGGCAACAUGGGAUUGAAUAGAUGGAACGAUGCUCCAUAUCUAUGGAGUUCAAUUUUGUUUGAAUCUCAAAAUAUACCCUUCUUUCAAUCCCUAAAUAUGGGUGUU